UCUAUCUUAAGACCUUGUAGUUCAUCCAUAGCAUAGUGGCAAGGAAAAAAAUUUGACUCGCUCUCAAUCCAGAGCCCCAGAGCCCACUACACAGGAUCUCUCCAAUCUGUGAUUGAUGCCACCAUGCUUAGAUCAUAGCCAGGGACCCAUCUUGGGUUUUCUCCAAUUUUUCUGAUCGAUCUUCUCUAGCAGUAAGCGCGAGAGGAGAGGGAGAGAGGGAGAGAGAGAGAGAGAUAGAGCUGUUUAGUUACAAGCCAAAGAUCCUAGCAUGUAGCUUACAGCAAAUAGGAUGGACGAAAGGAAUGGAUUUGUGGCUCGAUUGUGGAGGAGCUCCAAGCGUGACGUUGGUAUUUGGGUUCUUGUGGCACGGCGGCGAGCGAGAUCAGCAAAUCAGAUUCCAAGCCGGCAUUGCUCGAUACUUGCAUUGUUUCCUUUGCUCCUCCCUCUUUUUUACUAGCAAGAUCAUCGCUAGCGACACACACACGCCCAACUAUUUCUUUCUCGUCCCCUCUCUCUCAUUUCCUCCCCUGCUUCUUUUUUUUCCUUCGUGUCUUGGUGGUCGGCUUGCUUCGCUGCCUUAAAGAAUCCCACUCGAUCGACACGGAGUUUGGAGCGAUUUCGUCGCAGGGAAUCUCGAUCGUUUCAGGGAGAAGGAAAAAAAUUGGUUUUUUAGUGUCUAGGUAGCGUGAGAAAGAAACGAAAAGAGGAAAAAUGGGGAAAAUUGGGUCGUUUUUUCGGUAGAAGAAGCUCACGACUUUUGGAAGAAAAAAAAUGGCUCAAAGAACAAAUGCGAAGGGUCCGGAGUUUUUCUGGCCCCGACAAGUUCUUCGCAAGCUGCUCAAGUUGAAGCCCGCGUCGGACGGGUUCAAUGCGGACGAUCACGACGAAGACGACGACGACGACGACAUGGAAAGCAGCGGCGAUGGCACCUUGUCGUCCGAUUCGAGUGAGCACGAGGUGGAGCUCAAGCCUGCAAAUCGAACGCGAAGUUUGCCCCCGCUGUAUCCAACGACAGAUCGACCGAAGCAAACACCGUCUCCAACUGUGGCUCUUGCGCGAGGACAGUCCGAGACGCUGUGGACGCAGCUUGUCGACACUCUCGACUACCGGAUACAUGUUGGGAGCUGGAAUGUAGCUGGGAAGUCUCCAAACCCCGACUUAGAUCUUCGAAAGUGGCUGGACGUCGAUCAACCCGUGGAUAUGUACGUGAUCGGAUUUCAAGAGGUCGUUCCUUUGAAUGCCGGCAACGUCCUGGUAGCCGCCGACAACAGCCCCGUGGCAAAGUGGGAGUCGCUCAUCCGCAAGACUCUCAAUGGCGAUCGGCGAAGAACAAAGAGCUGUCCAGCCUCUCCAGCCGCUGUUCAUCCCGGCGACGACACCAUCGAAACUUUCUCCUCGCUGCUCUCAUCAUCGUCGUCGUCAUCGGAAGAACAAUCUCGCCAGUGCGGUGCAUCGCCAACUAUUUCCUCCUCGUCUUCUUCCGGAGACUCCGAUGGAAGACAAAAGAGCAAACUUUCAACUCGAGGAGGAGGAGGAGGAUUCCACCGGAGGAGCCGGAGUGCCUCGGACCAUAACUUUCUCAACACCUGGACACCGAGUAUCCCGCGCUCUAGCUCCGACGCCACACUCAUCAAGUUUGCGGAUUUGCCGUGUCCAAGCCACGACGCGAUCUCCCCGACCAUCUCGGCUUGUCUCUCGGACAACACGACGAUGGCUUCUCCCGGAAACUCGGAGAACUACGUCCGGAUCGUGAGCAAGCAAAUGGUGGGAGUGUAUGUCAGCAUAUGGAUCCGCAAGAACCUUCGCAGGCACGUCCACGGACUCAAAGUUUGCUGCGUUGGCUGUGGACUCAUGGGAUACUGUGGAAACAAAGGCUCCGUUGCUGUCAGUAUGUUGCUCCACCAGACGAGCUUUUGCUUCGUUUGCACGCAUUUGACAUCGGGUGACAGGGAAGGUGACGAGCUACGACGAAAUGGCGACGUUGCCGAGAUUCUCCGGCGGACGGCGUUUAAUCGAUCCAGCAAGGCCGGCUCGUCUAGCUCGGAUCUUCCCGAGACAAUCCUCCAGCACGAUCGUGUGGUUUGGCUGGGCGACUUGAACUAUCGUCUUGCGCUCAGUGAUUCCGAGACGCGAGCUUUGGUUGCGAGAGGUGACUGGCAAAGAUUGCUCGCUAGAGACCAGCUUAAGAUGGAGCAAACUGCCGGUCGUGUCUUCGAUGGCUGGCAAGAAGGAGGGAUCUACUUUGCCCCCACUUACAAGUACGUGAAGAACACGGACUGCUACUUUGGAGUGAACUCUAAACCCGGAGAGAAGCGUCGAACACCAUCUUGGUGUGACAGGAUACUGUAUCGCGGCCGCGGCCUCAAGCAAAUUAGCUACGCUCGAGCCGAGCACCAGUUCUCAGAUCACAGGCCUGUCAAGUCCGCGUUCCUGGCCGAGGUGGAAGUUUUCAGCAAUCGCAAGAUGAAAACGGUGGCUAGGGUCACCAAAUCCUCGCAGCUCAAAUCCUGCAACGAAGAGUUCGGACGUUCAGCAGCCUUAGGAUUUGGAUCCCAACGCUACGGCCUCGAAAAGUCUCGUAAACAACACGAACAAAUAUCAUUUUGCCUCGAAGUCUCGUGAAGAAAAAAUCUAUUAAAACUUUCUUUUUGUACAUCGAUAUGGAGUUAAAAGUGUAUGAAAAAUGUAAAGCUUUCUCUUGAGACAAAAAUCUUCGAUAUAAAUUAAUGUAAAGCUGCAUAUAGUUUUUGUUUU